AUGCUGUCAUAUCAAGGGCUUGCUGAUGUAUAAGAAGACAUUCUUUGUUUACUUUUCUCUGUGGGUAUGUCUAAGACAGCAAGACUAUGAUGUAUCGAGUCUACAAGGUGGUUACUAGGUGACUGUCUGCAAUCACAACAUAGACUUCCAUAUUGAUAACAGAACAGAUACUCCUUAGUCAUGAAGGGAGACUAACAACCUCUGAAAGAUGAAAUCCAGUCGAACUUAUCCGCAGAGGCGUGAAGCUCACCGGUCAGUUAGACCCACUGAAGCACUUGAGGAAGACUGCUGUGGGGAGUGCUGCAGCUGUAGUUGUUGCAGCAGGAGAGCUGUCUGUGUGUCCACCCUGGUGCUGACUGGCCUAGCGCUGACCGCCACAGGUGUCGCUGUUGCCUUGUUCUUUGGCAUCCCCAAACAACCUCCUGUUAGUCGUGAGUGCAGGACCCAUCAGAAUGGAUCAGGCUUUCUCUGUGAUGACCGAGUCACCUGUCUGCCGCCCUCACUCCUUUGUGAUGGGGUUCAUAACUGCCCCAGUGGGGCAGAUGAGAGCAGACACAUGUGCAGUGAUCUGCCCAACAACCUCCCAAGCAACCUUGUGUUCCGAUGUGGAAACUCGCACUUCUGGAUUUUUGUAGAUAAAAAGUGUAACCAAAUAAAUGACUGUGGGGAUUGCUCAGAUGAGAUGGGCAUCUAUGCAGAUUGCCCACCCUGUGGAUCACAAUGGUGGACAUGCACCCCAGUAGAAUUCCAAUAUUGCUUGUGUGUCCCUCGCUCCUUAUGUAAAGAUGGUAGACAGAACUGCUACGACUGGUCAGAUGAGUACUUAUGCUCAGGCAACUAAUAACCUUCACAUAUGUUAAUGUAACUAAUAACCUUCACAUAUGUUACAUAAUGAGGUCUAGUGUGAGGUGAUAUU